AUGAUGCUGCCUGUGAGCCACGUGCUAGCCUUCGGUGCUUGGCUGGUGGCACAGAGCAAGGCUACACCAAGUGCCCCCACAAUCUCCAUCUUCCUGAAGCCGCCUGGGGUGAUCUCACCGGGAGGCUCCACCAUCAUCUGCUGCAGUUGCCAGUGUGACAAUGGGAACUUCGUGCUGUACAAGAAUGGCCGCCGGCUCCGCACCCUGGAGCUGCAUGGCAGCAGGGCCAAGUUCCCCAUCUCUAAUGCCACCCAAGAGGACACAGGUGCCUACAGCUGCCAUUACCUGGAUGGAGGCACUGUGCUGGCUCGCAGCGAAACUGUGGAUAUCACGGUGCAAGAGUUCCGUCUUCCCAAACCUGUCCUCUCUGUCCUGCCUGGGCAUGAGGUGGCUGCAGGAGCUUACGUGAUUUUCCGUUGCACCAUCGCACACUCCAGUGCUGCCUGUUUUCUGUACCUGGAGGGCCAGGUCAAAGCCCUCGACUUACUCUCAAAGGAACAAGAUCAUUUCAACCUCUCCCAUGUGCAUAAAGGCAAUGAGGGCCGCUACAGCUGCCAGUGUUUCACUAGGCGUGCUUCGUUGGAAUGGUCUGCUGUCAGCAAGACCCUGGAUUUGGUGGUGAGAGAUUACACCCGGAGCAACGCGGUGCGCCUGGCCCUGGGGGCCGGGGUCCUGGCCCUGCUGGGGCUGAUCGUGGCCGAGGCCGUGCGCAGCCACCGCCGCAGGCCGGGCCGGCCAGGGCCGCGCUAG